GUUUGAGAAGAGAGAGAGAGAGAGAGAGAGAGGAUAUUCCACGUUGGCACUUCCCAAACGCCACUUAUGUAAACUCAAAAACACAGAAAUAAACUCAUGGUCACAAAAAAAGGAUAACAAAGACAAAACAAAAUGCCUUCCCAGUAACCAGAAAAAAGAGAAAAAAAAAAUAGAAGAAAGAAGUAGCGUCUGCCUCAGCUUAUCCCUUUGAUGUGAGGCCAUGCUUUCCAGGAAAGUAACAUGACCAAGAGCAAGGCCUCAUGAAGACAAGGCUUUCUGAGUGCCAUGAAGAAGAGGCCAGAGGUUCGUCACGAGCCCCAACACUUGGAAGUUCUGAAAGCCGUUGCACAGGCCUGGUACAACCACUCUGGCACUUCCAAACCCAUGAGCGAAUUCGACGCUCAUCGAAGAAACUUCAGAGGAAAGCCUUCACGCUUUAAGCUCGAAGCACUGAACAAGCCACCAACUUCUUCUAAAAACACUUAUUGGGACUUUCAGCACUCUCUUUGGGACUCCUAUGAGCUUGUCACAGUUUCAAGAAGGAUAGAGACUGGCUUGGCUUUAGAUAACCCUUUUGAUCAGUUGUGUGGUUCCGCUCCAAUCCAACGCAAGCCCAAGCCUGAGAGAUGUAUUAGGAUAAUACUCAAAGGUCAACGAAGUAAAGUUGAAAUAAACGAGGUUAAACAAUUUAUUUAAUGUCCUACUUUAAAUUCUAGUCUUAGCACAUGCAUUAAAAGUUAAGUUUCAGUGUCUGUUACUAAUAUUAGAAAACACUUUCUUGAGGUGCAAGACUGCUACAAGAAUUUUCUGGUGAUGAUAAAUUACCACAAAAAUUUGUUUUGGGACUAAAACUUAAAAUGGGGAGAAGG